GACAUGACAAUUCUUAAGGCAUAUAGGCUUUAAAUCAGUCGCUGAUCAAUUGUCCAAUGUUAGCUCCGCAUUAAUCAUUGGUGAUCCUGAAUCCUACUAUUUAUACUCUCCGAGUAAUCAGUUAAUAGCUCAAUACUGUGUUGUUACUCCUACAUAUAUUGUUGUUUUGUAAUGUGCCUGUUCCUCGACCUCUGUGCACUCAACUAGACGUUUACUCCCUCUGUACCUAAAUACUUGUAGUUGGGGAGAACUGUUGGAUUUUUGCUAGUAGUCCUUUGGCACAAAGCCUAACUAAAAUCUGAACUUCUCAUGGCCCAUGUGACUUGGCUGUGUGUGUGAUGUGAGUGGGACUAAAGUUUAGUCCCUUACCGCUAGUUGGGAGAGAGUUACACCAUCUUAUAAGGUGAGCUCUUCUAGCACUUGUAAGAGAGUGAGAAGAGAAGAGGCCCUUGCGCACUCCUCCUCGCUCGCCUCGCCACGUCACGACGCGCCGUAGGUUGCGGGGUUGAGCUGAGCCGAGCUCAUACCUACGCACUUUUUUAGCAGGUCAGGAACGGAGAGUCCGUAACAGACACACCACGAUAUGAGACGUCGGAUCAUGGGCUUUAACCGACUCGAAGGUGGGUCCAGUCCACGUCUCUCCAUCCUACCGCGCAUAUAUAUAUAUGCUAACAGGGUAAUGGCCCCUGGGUAUACCAAAGUGGAGGAAACCUCACUCCAAGACAUUUGGGGGCCGACUGGCGAUAGGUGGCCCGUCUGGCCGUCGUGUUGCUGGCCGGCUGUCUACAACUGGCCCGUCCGGCUGGCCCUAACGGCAACUGGCGGGUCAGCGCCCCGUCCCAUCCGCCCGUACCGGCAUACGACGACAAGACGAGACCCAUGACGCAGGGAUGCGCAUGGCUAUAGUGCACAUUGACAGGUCCGGCGAGGCUAAGCGGUCAUGAUGCGAGCAAGGCAAGGCUACAGGGCCAUCGGUCACUCCCGAGGUUGACCGGCCGAGGAGGCCUUGUAGCAAAGCCUGCGCCUACCAACUCCCUGACGAACGGCGUACUGACCACUUUGGUGCUCGGCCGGCGGGCCCCGCGUCGGACAUGACUCGACAGCCGGCGGGCCCCGUGGCCAGCCGGAGAGGCUGGCAGCCGGGUCUACCCCUUCCUUUCCCCCACUAGUAUACACCUUCGGCUAGCCUAUAAAGCUGAACCCCACAGAGGUAGCGAGACCGAUAGCAAGAGCUCCAUCUCCUUCCUCAUGAACAACGCGAGGAGCAUCCUUGUACUGUGAUCACCUAUAGUCACACCAACAGGACUAGGGGUUUUACCUCAUCGGAGGGCCCUGAACCUGGAUAGAUCGGCAUCAUGUGUCUUGCGGCUUCAUCCGUUCCCAGACGCAGCUGGCGCCCGUCGUCCCCAAACCACGAUAUAAGCCACUCCCUGGCAUCUAUCGCGGAAAUACCACGACAUAUGCCCGGCCAACCCUAGCCGCAGUCACAACAUAUGGUUUCACACCGUUCCAGAUCAUUGCGCCGCCAUCCAAGUCUUCUCCACCCCUCCUUCCGGCGUGCACCGCGAGAAGGGAUGGCAGGCCUUCGGAACCCUGCCUCUCGUGAUCCUGUACCGGAGAGGGGCGUCAGGUUUUUGGGGAGCGCACUGGAGCGACUGCUGGCAGCGACGAUUUCCUCAACGACGACUUCUUCCCUGAUCUCGACAACCUCUUUCUCGACGACAUGGGCGACAACAUCAACACCGGCGGUUCGACUCCUGCUGUGCCGUAUGCAAUUCUGUCCCCUUUGUUCGUCUACUAUGCUAGUCCGCAUGAUUAGUUUAAACUCCGUGUCUAUCGUCGUGAUUUAUUUAAUGCUUGUUCGGAUUAAAUCUCAUAGUAGUUUGCUCAUAUAUUCAACAAUUCAAAAACCUGAUUAUAGGCAAUUUACUCCAAGUGGUUUUGCUGCGCAUCUGAAGCCGCCCACCUUCAAGGGGGUGCAAUAUAAGAGGUGGCGCCCGAGAGCAGUCUACUGGUUUCAAACCAUGUAUUGCUAUGACACCACCAAGGUCAAGCCUGAGGGCGAUCUUAAUCCUGCACAGCAGGAAGUUCUUGAGAAGAUCAAUACCCCCUUCAAGGGCGCCCUUCUGAGUGUUCUUGACGAUUCCAUUGUGGAUUCGUACAUGUCGUUUGAGAACGGCAAGGACAUGUGGGCUGCACUCGAGGCCAAGUUUGGGGCCUCGGACGCUGGCAGCGAGUUGUACGUCAUGGAGCAAUUCUAUGACUACAAGAUGACUGAUGAGCGCUCUCUUGUUCAACAAGCUCGUGAGAUACAGACACUCGCGAAGGAGCUUGAGUACUUCAAGUGUGUGUUGCCAGACAAGUUUGUGGCCGGAGGCAUCACCGCCAAGCUUCCACCUUCGUGGAACAAUUUUGCUACUUCUUUGAAACACAAGAGACAGUAGUUUUCUGUUUCGGAUCUCAUUGGAUCUCUUGAUGUGAAGAGAAGGCAAGAGCAAAAGACACGUGCUCGAGCUGUUGAGGAAACUUCUAGUGCCCACAUGGUACACAAGAAGAACUUCCAUCUCAACAAGCCCCAAAACAACAGGAACAAAACUCAGGGCAAUGGCAAGUUUGUAGCAAAGAACAAGCCGUCACACUCUACCAACUUCAAGAAGAAUUCCCAUAAGAAGGGGAAGGGACUAUGCCAUGUCUGCGGUGAUCCUAAUGACCGAGAUCCGAGAUGUCCUAACCGCUAUGAGGAGCGCGAACUUGAGAAGAGCGGCAAGUCCGCUUGUGCUGUCAUCGGUGAUACUGAUAUGAAGGAUUCUGGGUCACAGGGACUUCUCCUGUGCUGAUGGGGAGCGGGUCACAUGUCUCUGUUCGAGGUGUCGGUACGGCCGAUCUGAAGUUUACUUUGGGGAAGAUCGUGCGCGUGAAGAACGUUCAUCAUGUGCCCUCCAUCAAUAAAAAUCUCGUCAACGGUUCCCGUAUGUGUCGAGAUGGUUUUAAGUUGGUUUUCGAGUCCAAUAAAGUUGUAAUUUCUAAGUAUGGACAAUUUGUUGGAAAAGGCUAUGAGUGCGAAGGCUUGUUCCACCUGUCUUUGUCAGAUAUUUGCACUACCGUUUAUAAUAAUGUUUGCCAUGAUAA